AAAACCAUGAGUGGAUGUCGUGUGUUCAUCGGUCGUUUGAGCCCUCACGCUCGUGAGAGGGACGUGGAGAAAUUCUUCAAAGGAUAUGGAAGGAUCCGAGAAGUCAAUUUGAAGAACGGAUUCGGCUUUGUGGUAAGUCGGCCUUGAUCAAACACCUAUUGGUGAAUGUUUUGUUGACGAGUUAACCCCCCCUCACCCCUUUGUCUUUUAUCAGGAGUUUGACGACCACAGAGACGCUGAUGAUGCAGUUUACGAGCUGAAUGGCAAGGAACUCUGUAGUGAAAGGUAAUGAUUUGGAUACACAUUCAGCAAUGUCUCGAGAAAAUGAAUGGUGAAAUUUGAUGUGUUGGCAUUUAAUACAUAUGGGUCAUUCCACCGCAAAGCACCCCAAAAAGCAAAAGGCACCCACCAUCUCAGAUUGUUCUGAAAUCAUUUCUGUAAUUGGAAACAGAAGGUUUGUGUAAUUUGAUCGCAGAGAAAUUAAAUAAAUUGAUUGCACCUUAAUUGGUCAUUUAUAGGAUUUAAAUAAUAUUUAAUGUGUAUAUAUAUAUAUAUAUAUAUAUAGUACCUUAUUGGACCCUUUUUCCCCUAAAAACAUAAGAUGGUCAAAAGCCACCCACGCCAAUCCCAACAACGAGUAGACCGCAUCAGUUCUGUCUGACAAGUAGUAUGGAGCUGCUGCUCUGCAUUUAGUUUUCAUCCUAUGUAAUAUAUUCCCUGUGAAUUUGGUGCUUUUUCCCACCUGUUCAGAGAAAUUAGUCAUUGAAGUUGUUAGAUUUGUGACUCAUCCUGAUAUUACCAGGUUCUGACCACUAGAUGGUGCUGUUCCAGGUGAUCUUUUUUUAAAGAACCCCCUCCCCAUCAAUGCUAAGAGUUCACUCAGAAAAUAAAUUACACUCUCUCUCUCUACUACACCAGUCCCGUUCGGAUCUGUACGGCCCCCUCUUUGGCAAGUCGGUUAAAAUGACACGCACCCAAGACCGAUGACAGUCGGAUCAGACCUGUGACAUUUAUUUAGAGUUCUGGAUCCGGAACCCACUCGGGUUUUGGGAAUUUGGGUACCAGUGGAUCCGUGAAGACCUCUACUAACAACUUCAAUGAAUAAUUUCUCUGAACGGGGGGGAAAAAAACCAUCACUGAAUACAUUCCAUAGUAAUUACUGCAGCCGCUGUUAAGCGUCUGUUUGUUCUCCACAGGGUGACUAUAGAGCAUGCCCGAUCCAGAAGAGGGAGAGGUGGUGGGCCUGGGAUGGGUGGCGGGGGCGGAGGAGGAGGAGGACGCUUCUCACCUCGUUUCAGCAGCUACCGCCAGGGGUCUGGUGAUCGCCGCGGUGGUGGCGGGUCCAGGUACAGACUAUAUAGGGCGUUUUCAUUUCAACCUUCUCACUUGCAGUGACUGGAGUAUAGUCAGUGUGAUUUACUUCCUCUUGUAGCUAGAAAACCUUCUCUUCCUGGUGGCUUCAGGUACGCAAAGUAGCCCAUCUGGUGUUUUACAUGUAUUUUAAUAUAUAGACUGAAUAAUUAUCACUCUUAAUUUCAACCUUUUCACGUGCAGAAAUAGUGGGUUUACAGGCAUUUCCCCGGUGUGAUUUUUAAAGUUCCUAUGGUAGCUACAAAGUGGCGCAGUCUCGUCUCCUGAGUGGCGCAGUGGUCUAAGGCACUGCAUCGCAGUGCUAACUGUGCCACUAGAGAUCCUGGUUCGAAUCCAGGCUCUGUCGCAGCCGGCCGCGACCGGGAGACCCAUGGGGCGGCGCACAAUUGGCCCAGCGUCGUCCAGGGUAGGGGAGGGAAUGGCCGGCAGGGAUGUAGCUCAGUUGAUAGAGCGUGGCGUUUGCAACGCCAGGGUUGUGGGUUCGAUUCCCACGGGGGGCCAGUAUAAAAAAAUGUAUUCACUAACUGUAAGUCGCUCUGGAUAAGAGCGUCUGCUAAAUGACUAAAAUGUAAAUGUAAAUACAAAAUAUGUUGUAACAUCCCUGUGCUCUCAUGCAGUACAUUCACGUAUUACAUUUAUUGACUUGUGGUUUAAUUUCAAGCUCUCACUUGCAAUAAAUGUUUUGAGACCUAAUAGUAACACAUCAUUAUUUCCCCCCCCUCCUCUGUGCUGUAACUUUGCUCUGCCUUCCGUUCAGUAGGUAUGGGCCCCCGGUGAGGACGGAACACAGAAUCAUCGUGGAGAACCUGUCGUCACGCAUCAGUUGGCAGGUGAGGGGUUAAACCAAUCUGGUUCAGACUAUUACUCUGUACUUACUGCCAUUUUUUAUUUUUUUUAUUUUUUAGCAGCAUUUUUAUUUAUUUAUUGAAAACAUGCUUAUUUUAUUUAUUACCAAAGGACACAGCUUUAUGCUCAAUAGUCCCAUUAGGUGAAAUAGAACGGCAUGGCCCCGUUUCGAUGUUAGGAAUUCAGUGUUGUUUAUUUCUUGACUUCGUUUUAACUGUAUCUUUCAAAAAAAAAAUAAGCACUACUUAUACCAAAAGGUAAAUCUAACCAAGCACAUCUUACAUUUUUAUUUUAACAGCUUAUUAUUAUUUUUUUUAAAUUCUGGUUAUUCGUUUAUAACGGAGUUGCAUGCACAGCCUCCUCGGAGGUGUACGUGCAUUGCGCCCUCUGCUGGUUGUGUUUUCAAUAGUGUCCAUUUGGUGCCUCUCCUUACACGCAGUUGCCGCUGGUCUAAAUCUUGGCUGGGCCCCGUAGCGGGAGGAAGUGGUCUAGCGCAGGAUAGCCUUAGGAUGGUCCCACGUAGCCCCAGUCUGGAGGUUCUCUGGUCUGGUCUGGUGGAAACCCCCCCCCGACUGCAGCCAGCUUGUAACCCCCUCAAUCCACUCCACGUUCCCUACACUCUCCCGUUUGGGUCUUUUUCUGUUGCUGAUGGAGCUGGGGGGGUGUUGACAGUUGGGCACACUGCACACCCCUUCCUUCCUUCCCCCCUACUUGCUCUCUGGUGGUCCCUUGUGGAGGCUGGCCGGAGUCCGGGUCUGUCAAGGCUGAGGGAGGUCGUUUCUCAAGGGCUUAACACUGUGACUGCAUUGGUUCCCAUUGGUCCGCUAUUUGGACAAGUGGCUCUUUGCUAAUGUCUUCCUGGGUAUGGAACGGUAAGUAACAUAUAACUCAUGUGAUUGGGUUUGUUAAGGGUUGGGAGGAACCGAGUGUAGAAUCACACACCCUAGUCUUACCAGAGAACUCAUUCUGUAAGUUUAUAUAAGCCCUUAUGGAAUUAUACUAGGCUAAUGAAUAGUUCACUGAAAUAACCCCUUGAUCAAAAUACAAGCUCAUGAUGAAAUGAAAAUGCAUCUCCAUAGAAUUAUAUUCAUUGUAGUUAAAUGAUGCCCCCUAAAACCACUAUAGUUGACACUAACCUCGAACAUAUCCAAGACACUACACCGCAAAGGAUUUGUCGCGUCUCACCAUCUUUAAUCUUUGUCACAUAAAUCCUAGUUGCCCACAAACCUGAAAUGCAAAACCAAGGAACUGGGUAGUGUUAGCAGGUUUAAACUCUGAGUGAAAUGGUUAGUUUGUCUACACCUGUGAAGCUAUUUCAGUGGCUCAUCACUUAAACGCCCUCGUCCGAAAUGCCAGAACGUCACAUUUUUUACUGUGUUUUGAUGAGGUCAGUAUUACGGGGGGGGUGGAUGUUAUUGUCGUGUUGCUUUACUGAUUUCUCUUGCCCCAGGUUCAGAGCACUCUCAGCCACAUUAGUGUGUUGGUCUGUCACUUACCCGUGUAUGCUUCACCACAGGACCUGAAAGACCUGAUGAGGAAAGUUGGGGAGGUCACCUUUGUCGAUGCCCACCGAACCAACAAGAACGAAGGGUGAGUUGUCUGUUCAGUGGGCCCGGGGUCCUGUUCAUUAGACACAAAAUGGAAGUUGUCUGUUCAGUGGGCCCGGGGUCCUGUUCAUUAGGCACAAAAUGGAAGGAGGACGGAGAUAAGGAGGGACAACUAAUAAAACAAACACAUGUGAUGUGCCCUACUGCUUUUAUGAACUGAGCCGUCAAACUAAAAUGUGAUUUGACUCGACAGGGUGGUGGAGUUUGCAUCGCACAGCGAUAUGAAGAAUGCCAUCGAUAAGCUUGAUGGAACAGACUUGAAUGGACGCAAGCUGAAGCUGUCUGAGGAUCGCAAGAGCCGGUACGCAUCCCCUCUUCCAAUUUGCAAUUUCAUAUUUGAAGUGAAGUUGUAUAAACACAGGAUCCAGCUAUAGUUAUAAGAAAGCAAUGCUGUCUUGAUGUUGGGGGAAGUGUAGGUAGCUUCAAAGAUUUUUGUCCUGCAGCGUUUAGCGCUAAGGGACUUGGGAUGGACUAUAAAGGACUUGAAUGCGAGGGACUUGUGGUUUAGGGACUCGACUACAUCAAUGGUUGGGGGGGUAAAUGAAUAACUUGUAAUUCUUCUCUUCCAACAGCCGCAGCAGGAGUCGUUCCCGUGGCUCUCGUAGCUACUCCCGGUCCCGUAGCCGCUCCCGUUCCCCCCGCUCCAAGUCCCCCAGCCGUAGCAGGAGCCGUAACCGCUCCAGGAGCCCCCGCUCCGCCAGCCGUACCCCGGAGAAGAAGCCUUCCUCUGGAGGAGGGGGCAGGGCUGCACAUCGCUCCACCUCACGCUCCCCGUCCCGUUCCAAAUCCCGUUCCCGUACCCCUCCCGCACGCUCUCGUUCCCCUGCCCCCCGUUCCCGUACCCCUCCCGCACGCUCCCGUACCCCUCCCGCACGCUCCCGUUCCCCUGCCCCGGCCCGGAAGCCAUCUCGGUCCCCAUCGGUGGAGAGCCAGCACUGA